CUGCAGCUUAUCUUUCUUUCUCUUUCCGCAAGACCCUCUUUGUCAUUGAUAUCAGACUGGGGUAUAUAGCCCGAGGAGGAUCUCCCUGCAGGGGCAAUGGCGAUGAUGGUGAGCGACGAUUGUCUGGUGGAGUGUAAGAUUGAUGACGAUGAGGAGGAGGAGGAGGAUGACAGCGGUGGUGCCGGUGAAGAUGGCGAAGAACAGAUUAACACUCCUCCGCCUCCCCCGGAGUUCGCCUCCGAGACCCCGACUCCACCCUUCCCUUCAGUCCUUGCCACACCCCCUGCCACACCCACACAGCCCCCUCCUGCAAACAGAGACCCUUAUGGAAUCAACCGGCACCUACAGGUGGAGGUUAGUGACGUGCUGGCCGAGCCCGCCACGCCGCACAGCAUGGACACUGUGUGGGCGCACAGCGUGGUGGGGUUCGAGUUGACGCGUGUCUGGACGUACCAGUGCCUCUCCUUGCUCUGCGCGGUGCCCUUCGCUCUCAUCUCCGGCAUUCUCGUAGCCACCCUGGCCUGUCUGCAUAUCUGGUGUGUGAUUCCUUUCAUACAGCUGAGUAACACCUUCCUUCCAUGUCUGCGGUCGCUGUGGAUUUGUGCUGUGAACACUUUUAUUGCUCCUUUUAUUUCGUCUCUCGCUUACUGCUGUGCCUACAUCGUCAUCUCCCUGUCUCAUAAAGACUGGCCUGCUAACAAACAGAAUGUAUGA